AUGUCUGCCGUCGCCGCCCGUCCCGUCCUGCGGUCCGCCGCCCUGAGGAACACCCGCCUCCCUUCGCGCAUCGCCGCCCGCUUCGAGUCGUCCACCACCCAGAAGGCCGCCGACGCCGCCAAGGAGCAGGCCUCGAACAUCCAGUCCAAGGCCUCUGAGGGCCUGAGCCGCGUCUCCAGCUCUGCCGGCCCCGCCAUCGCCGGCGCUGCCAAGGGCGUCGCCAACGCCCUCGGCAAGGUCGGCGGUCGCACCGGCCGUGUCAUCGCCUUCGUCGAGAAGCAGGUCCCCUUUGUCGUCUACUACUCCAAGGUCGGCCUCGAGGUCUCCAAGAUUGUCUUCCGCGGCCAGAAGAUGGCUCCUCCUCCCAUCGCCACCUUCCAGUCCUACGCCCAGAACGCUCUCCAGUCCGCCAAGAACCCCGGCGCCCUCUUCAACUCCGCCUCCCAGACCGCCCAGUCCGCUGCUCAGUCCGCGGCUCAGCAGCCCGCUGCUGCUGCCCAGCGCCUCCGCGGCAUCAACACGGCGACACUUAUCACCGUCGGUGUCGUCGCCGCCGAGUGCCUCGGCUUCUUCACCAUUGGCGAGAUGAUCGGCCGCUUCAAGCUCGUCGGCUACCACGGCGAGACUGGUGCCGCUCACCACUAA